AGGGGAACCUUUUAUAGGUGGGGAAGCUGUUCCUUAUGAUCCUAAAUAUCACGAGGAAUGGGUGAGGAACAAUGCCCGUGCCAAUGAAAGAUCUCGGCGCAGCGAUAGGCCUCGCAACUUUGAUAGGUCAAGGAACUUUGAGAGGAGAACGGAGAACAUGCAGAACUUCCAAAACAGAGAUGCACCUCCUGGGCAGCAGGGUUUCAACGGCCCUCCACCUGGCCAGAACCCGGGCAGCAUGCCUCCACCUCCACCACCUAGUCAGAACUGUGGCAACGUGCCUCCACCAUAUACUCCAGGUGGUCCAUCAAAUUACCAGCCGCAAAUGCAGAACCCACAGGCAGCAUACACACCGGGUGGUGCACCCCAAAUGCCGAACCCACAGACAGGGUACGCACCGGGCGGUGCACCCCAAAUGCCAAACCCACAGACAGGGUACGCACCGGGCAGGCCCCCCCACAUGCCGAACCAACAGGCGGGCUAUGUCCCCAGUGGUGCUUCUAACUAUCAGCAAGGUGGUCAAGCUGGCUACCAAGGUGGACCUGCUGGGCAUCAGGGAGGUAACCAAGUUUACCCAAGAGGCAACUUGCCUGGCGGCCCUGGACCAGCACACCCAGGCAGCAGUCCUGGAUAUCAAGGUGCCAAUGCACCCCCUCGUGAAGGUUAUGGCUAUCCUGGCGGCUACAACAGCAGUGCACCAGGUGGCUAUAAUCAGCAGUAAGGCUAAGGAUGAGGCAACGUGAGCUACCAAUGAGGUGCCACUGAGUCGCAAAUGAACUGAUUUUCCUGGGAAGCGUUGCCAGCAUAAUUCCGUAGAAGAUACGAUGUGCAGUAGUAUACAUCCAACUAUUGUUAUGGCAUAUUUUUUAUCGAUUCUCCCUGAAGUAACCUGAAUAUUCUGUGAUGCUGAACUCUUAAUGUGCAACAAUGGUUCAGUUGUCCACAUCUCAGCGUGCACAUUCUGCAAUUAGCUGUCUGUUUAAUUGGUCCUUUGAGCUGUGCUAUCUGUUUCCUCUGGUCAUAAUGUAUUCCUAGACUUC